AGAAUGCCAUGCAGUGCUACUCUUCCGGGCUACACCCUCGCCAGCACCCCACAUCACCGUCCCCCUCCCUGCGUCGGUUGAGUAGCGCUGCAUGGCCUUCUGGGUAUUUGUUCUUUUGCGUUUAUGUUGUGUUAUAGUGCGGAUGUUCUCCCGAAAUGUGUUUGUCAUUCUUGUGUGAUGUGGGUUAACAGUGUGGUGCAUGUUUGUAACAGUGUUAAAUUUGUUUUUACGGCCACUGUCAGUGUGACUUGUAUGGCUGUUGGCUGUUGAUCAAGUAUGUCUUGCAGUCACCAACGUGUGUCAUAAUACAGAUAAAAAUGUUAAAUUGUUAGUAUGAGCAUAAACCUUUAUAUGACAGGCUACAUAUAUAUUUCAACUUGAAUAUAAAAAUACACAUAAAUAUCAAAAAAAUAAGAUUUUCCUAAAAAAACUCUUAGAUUGUUAGCAUGGACAUAGACUUUUAAAUAACGAGCUACAUAUUAAAUGAAAGUUAAUGGCUGUAAUUUUACAUGAAUUUGAAAGUAAUUUGAGAAAACAGAAAAUGAUAUGUAUAAUUAACUAGGUAUUUUUCUGUAAAAAAAAAAUUGAAAUAUACAUAGUUUGUCAUUACUGGCAUAUUACUUAAAAUAACAGGCGGUUUGUUUAAUUACAGAUAAUGUCUUCAAUUCUACAGUUUUAUAACCUAUUUCAAAAUAUAGAACAAUUACUGUAGAAAUUUAGAGUAAAUUUACCAUAAAAAAAUGAUUUUUUUAAAGUGUAUACUAAAAUGAUCACAUGAUCAGCUCAGCCCAAAGAGAACUUUUUUCAUCCUUCCUUGUGGGCUGCCGUGACGUCACGUCGCCCGAGCCCCCCAAUUGUGGUCGCCAGUGUGCGUUUAGGAGUGGAGUAGCGCGGGUCGUCAUGUUGGACACGCUCACCUUCUUUAUGGAGAAGUUCCUCUACUUCUUCGUCUCCUUCUUGUCUUCUUCUCCGUGUGCUCGUCACGCCGCGCACGCGCCUACCUCUCGCGCCGCCGUGCUCCGGCGCGGCGACCUGCUGGAGGUCCGGCGCACGCUCUUCACGCACUCCGGCAUCUACCUGGGCGACGACCGUGUGGCGCACCUCAUCCCGGACAUCCUCCCCGCCGUCACGUCGGACGCGCGCCUCCUGCGCCGCAAGGUGACCAACGCGCGCCUGCUUCUGGGUGUGCUCGCCAAGCGCGCGAGCGUCCGCGUGGACUCCGUGGAGGACUUCGCGUACGGCGCGCGCGUCCUGCUCAACGCAAUGGACGCGGCCGUGAGCCGGCCCGCGCUGCCCGGAGAGGAAGCGGCGCGGCGGGCGGAACGCUUGCUGGGCAGCACUCCGUACAGCCUGCUGUGGAACAAUUGCGAGCAUUUCGUUACGUGGUGCCGCUACGGCGAAGGGAGCAGCCUGCAGACGGAGCAGUUCUGCCAGUGGUUGAAGUCGCUGAUCCGAGACCAGAGGAACGUGGUUCUGGCCGCACUGCUGGGUGUCCUCUACCUGGCGUGUUUGGGCGUGUCGUCCAGCACUACCCUGCCUGCCAUCUUCAUCCCCUUCACACUUUGGAUGGCAAGCUAGAAAGUCCUGGAAGCAGGAGACUCAAACAUGAUCUGCUCUACAGGAAGUCACCUCAUGCCUGCAUCUGGCAGAUUUAGCACACAUAACUCAUGUAUGGUCAUGACUUGGAGCCAAACAAACAGCCAUGUGGCCUUCCGAUGGGAGUGCAUGCAUGCUCACAACACCGUCACCUUGCUAUUGUUAGUGUGUCCUGAGGGCGACGAAUGCUGCUGGGCGACACAAGGAACAAAUGCCGUGAGCUUUUCCACAGCACUUCGCUGUUGGGUUUGGAAUUUUCAUCUUACGGGGGUUGCGUGGUCGUAUCUUUAACCCAGGAGGAGACAAAGUGUGUUAAAUCUUUAAAAUAAGUUCAUUUCAGCAUGAGAGAGAUGUGACCAAUAAUAACCUUCUCCUGACCUCAGAAAGAUGUCAGAAAGCUAUCGCAAUGGCGACUACAGUGCUGUCCCCUCCCACGUGGAUGGAAGAUGUUGACAUAAAAAAAAUAUCUGCUUCUUUUUAAAGGCCUACUGAAAUGAGAUUUUCUUAUUUAAACGGGGAUAGCAGGUCCAUUCUAUGUGUCAUACUUGAUCAUUUCGCGAUAUUGCCAUAUUUUUGCUGAAAGGAUUUAGUAGAGAACAUCCACGAUAAAGUUCGCAACUUUCGGUGCUAAGAGAAAUGCCCUGCCUCUUCCGGAAGUCGCAGACGAUGACGUCACAUGUUGAUGGCUCCUCACAUAUUCACAUUGUUUUUAAUGGGAGCCUCCAACAAAAAGUGCUAUUCGGACCAAGAAAACAACAAUUUCCCCAUUAAUUUGAGCGAGGAUGAAAGAUUUGUGUCUGAGGAUAUUGAUAGCGACGGACUAAAAAAAAAAAAAAGUAAAAAAAAAAAAAAAACGCGAUUGCAUUGGGACGGAUUCUGAUGUUUUUAGACACAUUUAAUAGGUUAAUUCUGGGAAAUCCCUUAUCUUUCUAUUGUGUUGCUAGUGUUUUAGUGAGUUUAAUAUUACCUGAUAGUCGGAAGGGUGUCUCCACGGGUGUCUUGACGCGCAGUGUCUCAGGGGAGUCGACGGCAGCUAUGGACGGCACAAGCUCAGCUUUUCUCCGGUAAGAACUGACUUUUUAACCACAUUAUCUCACCGAAACUUGCUGGUUGACAUGUGGUCGGGAUCCAUGUUCUCUUGACCGCGCUCUGAUCCACAGGAAAGUUUCACCUCCAGGAAUUUUAAACAAGGAAUCACCGUGUUUGUGUGGCUAAAGGCUAAAGCUUCCCAACUCCAUCUUUCUACUGUGAAAUCUCCAAUAUUAAUUGAACAAAUUGCAAAAGAUUCAGCAACACAGAUGUCCAAAAAACUGUAUAAUUAUGCCGUUAAAGCAGACGACAUUUAGCUGUGUGUGUGCGCAGGGCUCAUACUUGCUAAAAACCUGUGACGUCUUGCGUACACGUCAUCAAUACACGACGUUUCGAAAACGAAACUCCCGGGAAAUUUAACAUUUUAAUUUAGUAAACUAAAAAGGCCGUAUUGGCAUGUGUUGCAAUGUUAAUAUUUCAUCAUUGAUAUAUAAACUAUCAGACUGCGUGGUCGGUAGUAGUAGGUUUCAGUAGGCCUUUAAGCUACUUUUAAAUGACAAUAUUUCACAUAAUAAUUGAGUUGAAUUGGCUCGUGUUUAUUACAUCGAUGUUAAUGAUAACAUCAAGGCACUGGAUUUUUCAUUGUACUGAAGAACACACAUGUUUGAAUUUAUUAAACCACUGAUGCUCUUCUA